AUGUCUCAAGCAAUUAGAACCAAUCGAAGACAGCCAAGAGGUUCAAUCAAUCGUAGAGCUUGCCAAAAGUGUAGACAAUUAAAGAUUAAAUGUGACGGAGAUGCCGAAAGGAAUGUUGAUUGUUCCAAUUGUGAUGUUGGAACUUGCGUUUACGAUAAAAGUCCAAGAAAAAAUAGACAGGUCGAGAAACUUAACAAUCGUGUUGAAUGUUUGGAGAAAUGUCUAACGGAGACAAAUACAAAAUUACUAAAAUUUCAAGAGGAUUAUGACACAAAGAUUAGAAUUCUUAUGCUUGAAAAACAAAUCCAAAGUUUGAUUACUGAUUGUUUAAUUCUCCUCCCCAAUACGCGAAAUGAUCAAACCGUCUCAACUGUUUUUAAUCAACUUCGUCAAGCUAUUAACGAAAGUAGAUGCUGGGAAAUUUUAAUGCCAUUUAUCAUCGCAUUACUUUCACGAUUAUUACAAAAUGAUAAUGAUGAUGAAACAUUUUGUCGAAUUAUUGAAAUCUUAAAAGACAUUGCCGAAAACACGAUGAAAAAUUGUAACCCAGAUGACGCUUUUAAUCGAACAGCACCACAACAAAAUAUUAAUGAUCUUGUCGCUCAAUAUGAUUUCUCUAAUGAUCAACAAACGCAGACCUUUAAUACUAUGACCACCGCUACAACUGAAAAUAUUUCCGCACCAUUAAUUAUUCAAACUAACCCAAUUGUGAACGACAUUUCAAACUUGGCUUUAUCGCCUGAAUCUGAUGCUAACUCUGAUCUGAGCAAUCUAAGUCAUUUGACUCCAAACAUCGAACUCGCUUCGCCUCUUACUCCAGAACAAAUUGAACACUAUUCGCAUAACGGAAGUGAAUUUGACACUUCUAUAAAUUUCGCAAUUUCUUACCCUCAACCUUCAUAUUUUGAUGAAUUUUCUUAUGAUACUUUUUAUAAUUCGUUCGGUUCCAACUCGUCUAAUGGUCAUUAA